AUGGCAUCAAAUGAAGACUGCGCUUCCGUAUUGGAGCAAUUCAUUCAUGAUGCGGCGAAUUUGCCUGCUGAGAUCACCCACAUGAUGGAGGAAAUCCAGGCCAAGGACAAAGACCUUCAGAAACACCUAUCCGUGGUGAACCAGAAAGAUGCCAACAUUCAGAAGCAUCUCAAGACCAAUGGGGUGCUGGCACCUCAUCCAAAGGAGAAUGAAUACGCCGAUUUGGUGAAGAAGAACUAUGAUCUCUGCUUGGCGCUCCAAGACCAGAAAAUCGCGUUGAGUGAAAAAGCGUGCAUGCUCCUCGAGCGCCAGGUCAAAAAGCUCGACGUCAAAAUCAGAGAACUGCAAAAUGACGGCCAACUUCAGGAUGGACCGCCAUUACCUAGUGUUUUCAACCGCAAGACAGAAGCGCAAAAGCCUUUUCUCGAGUUGCCCACAAACAUCCCUCUACAAAAUGCAUCUGUCAGUGCUCUCAACGCAAAUGCACAUAGGGCCAACGCGCAGACGGCGGCGACGGUCCAGCAGACGCAAGCAAGACCGGUGCCACAGAUCAAUACCGUGACUGCCCCAGCGCAACGGAGUUCGGCCCCCGCGACACCUGCUUCGGCUGUCCAGCAACAACGUCAACGCGAGCGUGAACAUUCCCUCGGUGCUGAGAACAAACGACGGAAGCUCGGAAAUCCACUAGCCGGCGCAAAUCUCCCUGCGCAGCCCUCAGGCCUACGGCAGUCCUCGCUUGGGCCAGGUACUCCAAAGGCUGGAACCCCCACAGGUACAAGCCGUGCGGGCAGCAUUCCUCGAACCACUGGUUCCCAACAGGCCGCGGCACCCCCUAAAAAGUCUGGCCUUCCAAAGAAAGUCAUCUCACAUCAGCAGGUCAACAAGCUCAAGCAAAAGGCAUCAAAUAAGGGAAGAUUAUCUGCUGGGCGAAAGAAGGGCCAGUCCCCGUCAGUGCGUGGGGGACGCGGCGGAACGGCAGCUUCGGAAGAUGCAGACUCGGCCCUGUCAUCAGCAGAUGCCUCAGAGACUGAUGCCUCACAGUCGAGAAGAGGACGCGGCAACAAGAAGCAUCAACAACCUGCGGCCGAGGGCGCUGAUGCUGAAGCGGGCGAGGACGAUGAAAUGGACGAUGAUGACGGAGAAGACGACAAGGUCUACUGUUUCUGCCACCAGCGCAGCUACGGUGAGAUGGUGGCUUGCGAGAACGAGGAUUGUCCUUUCCAAUGGUUCCAUACAGGGUGCUUGAACAUGAAGAAAGUGCCGGAUGAAGAUGAAGACUGGUACUGUCCGAACUGCAGAGAAAAGCCAGCCAUCAUCGAGAAGGUUAUGCGGAAAAUGCAGACUGGCGUCAAGUAA